UUGCUAUAUAAGAAGGAAUAUGUUGGAGAGAAGUAUUAUUCCUAAAAUCAUUCAAGAACAAACAUGGUAUUCAAACUAACUAUCUUCGCUGCACUUGCUGCCUACGUACAUGCAGGAAUUUAUGGCGAAUUAGGAAGUGUUCCCGUUGCAAGUCCAGUAAUAUCUGCAUACUCAUCACCUUUAUCAGUAAGAUCUGUAGUAUCCUCUCAACUGCUGUCAUCUCCACUAUUGUCGACUUCACCCUUAUAUAGCAGAUCUUUAUCUUCAUACUCCUAUGGCUCCUCAGUUCCAGUUAUCUCAUCACCUUUAGUAAGAAGUUUAUCUCCCCUUCCAGUACCUUUAGUAAGAAGUUUAUCUCCGCUUCCAGUAGCAUCGGUUCCAUCCUUGGUGUCGGCACCAAUAUUAACAAGAGGAUAUGCUCCAUCAGCUUCUCUUCUUUCAGCUCCAGUUCUAAGAAGCGUUUCAUCUCUACCAUUAUUACAAGCUCCAUCUUUAUCUAGAAGUCUUUCUCUAAACUCAUUACUACCAGCUCCAGUAAUUUCCAGAAGUGUUUCUGUAAGUCCACUAGUAUCAGCUCCAGUAUUAUCAAGUUAUGCUGCCAGUGCUCCGUUACUAUCGGCUCCAGUAGCUUGGUAGAAGAAUUAAGUAUGAUUUUGUUUUAACUCUAUAUUUUUUGUAUAUAGAAUAUACUUUGUUGUAAAAAAAUUAUAAACUAAUACCAAUCAUUAAAAGUGUUUAAUGUUUACUUUAAUAAAAAAUUGUUUUAAAG